AUAGUGUGUCACUUUGUCCCCUCCUACGCGACUUCCCCUCCAAUUCAGGCGCUCUCUCUCUCGAUCCAUGCAUCUCAACUCAAAGGCAUUCAAUUAAUUAAUUAUACUAGCUAGCUAGGAGGAGGAGUACUCCGGCCGGCCGGCCGGCGCCCAUAAGAACCUCUCGUGUUGUGUAUGCAUCGAUCGAUCGAUCGAUCGAUCUCCGACUCCGACGACCUCGCUAUCCGCCAUGGCUAGCAGCAGCAGUCUUGUCAAGUGCCUGGCGGUCACGGUGGCGGUGGCGCUCCUGGCGCUGUCGUCGUGUGGCGUGGUUGCCUCGGCGGCGGCGUGGAGGGGCAAGCCUCAGAAGUUGAAGCCCGGGGAGAAGCCCUCCGGCAAAUCCAAGUUCUUCGCCCUCACCCCCGGAAUGUUCGGCCACAAGCGCGACUACCAGGCCGCCUGCUCCGACGAGGGUGGCCCGGCAUGCUACGUGGGUUGCCCAAAGGAUUGCCCUAACAAAUGCCUCGUCUUCUGCGCCUACUGCCUCAGCUUCUGCAUGUGUGAUAUCUUCCCCGGCACCUCCUGCGGCGACCCGCGCUUCACCGGCGGCGACGGCAACACCUUCUACUUCCAUGGAAACAAGGACAAGGACUUCUGCCUCGUCUCCGACGCGGGCCUCCACAUCAACGCCCACUUCAUCGGCAACCACAACCCGGCCCUCAACCGCGACUUCACGUGGGUGCAGGCGCUGGGGGUCACCUUCGUCGCACCAGGCGGCGCCGGCGACCGCCACCGCCUCUACGUCGGCGCCCGCAGGGCCGCGGAGUGGGACGAGGAGGACGACCACAUCCAGCUCACCUUGGACGCCGAGCCCGUCGACGUCGACGCCGUCAAGAACGCGCGCUGGGCGUCCAAGGCCCUCCCGGGGCUCUCCGUCACGCGCAUGGACGCCGUCAACACCGUCAUGGUGGAGCUGGACGGCGUCUUCGCCAUCUCCGCCAACGCCGUGCCCAUCACCGACAGGGACGACCGGAUCCACGGCUACGGCAAGACGGGCGCCGACAGCCUCGUGCACCUCGACCUGGCCUUCCAGUUCCAUAACCUCACCGCGGACGUCCACGGCGUCCUGGGCCAGACCUACCGCCCUGGCUACGUCAGCAAGCUCGACAUCGGCGCCAAGAUGCCCGUCAUGGGCGGCGCGCCCAAGUACCUGUCCGCCGGUCUCUUCUCCACGGACUGCGCCGUCUCCCGGUUCCACUCUUUCGCCUCCGCCUAAUACUAAGUCCCAAGCGCGACCGAUCCUAUUCCUAUCCACGGCGUGAAAUAAGAUUUCUGUAUGUAGGCUCUUAUCUCAUCUCAUCGUAUGAAAAUGUACACGUGCGUUGCUGCAUUGGAAGUACGUAUUGUUGCACGAUCAACUGAAUAACUUGCGUCUCGAAAAUUUUAUGCACUAGUACGUUCGC